AUGGGGAAACGGAGCAGCCCUGAGCUCACACUCACACUCCUGCUCAUGGCCUCUCUGCACUCAGAGGCGUUCCGCAUAAAUAAGUGGGUUUACUAUUCACCGCGCACAUUGACCUGGACAGAGGCCAGACUGUACUGCCAGAAGAAGCACACUGACAUGGUUACCUGGGGCGCAGUGGAUGCUGCCUGGAUGACUGAUUGGCUGAACACACUUGAGGUCCAAAAUGUCUGGAUUGGUCUGGCCAGAGACCCUGAGAAUCGCUCAGCCUGGAAGUGGAUAAAUCUGAAGACAAGAGAGGGGCUCUCAGGAGGCGAUGUCUCACAGAGCGCCAACUGGGCCAGUGGGAAAAAGAGCCAGCUGUGUGCCGCUGUGUCAGAUGAGUAUCAAAAGUGGUACACAACUCAAUGUUUGAAUGAACAUGGAUUCUACUGCUCAGUCACAGACAAUAUAAGUCAUUAUGGAGACACCCUUGAUUGGUACAAUGCUUCUAAAUACUGUCAGGCUGAGUCUGGUCAACUAGCCACCGUCACCCAAAUUAACACCGGUGAGUUCCAGCUGAGCGGCUGGAUCGGACUGUACCAAGGGGCUGAUGAGACCUGGCAAUGGAUCGGAGACUCGCAAUCUGACUACAGAAACUGGGUAGAAGGGGAGCCACUAAACAGAGACUGUGCCUAUCUUAAUGUUGUUGAUCAGAAGUGGUACAGCACAGGGUGCUCCAAAAAGCACGAGGUUGUCUGCUAUGAUGACAAACUGUUGGUGGUAAAAGAGAACAAGACAUGGGAGGAGGCUCUGAUGCACUGCCAGAACAUUGAUACCAAAUGCUCUGACUCCUCGGGACACUGCAUCAUCAAACACUAUCUCCUGAGCCUGGAGCUUUUGUCUGACUAUGACUAUGUCAGAGAGAGGAUCUACACUGCCACAACCGAUGAGGUGUGGACGGGCCUGCGCUUCCUGGGAGGGGAGUGGUUGUGGGUGGAUGGUCAGAAGCUGCAGGACCAGGGGAAGCUGCCAGAUUGUCCACCCCAGCAGAAACACUGUGGCACCCUGUCCAAACACGACACCAACAACUGGAUCAUAAGGGACUGCUCAGAAAGAAGAAACUUCAUCUGCUAUGGAGCCAAAGAAAUGGUAGAAACAUGAAACAGAAUUUCACAAGGAGAGUUUAGGUUUUUCACUGCUCUUAAUUACUGUAUUAUUAAUGUGUUUAACGUAGCUAACAGACUGAGCUCUCUCUAUCAUGGGGACCUAUAUUCUCUAUGUUUUGUUGUGAUUGUAAUAAUUUCUGAAAAAAGAAAAUGUGGUACUCAGAGACAUGUUUCUCUGUUGAUUUCUCCAUAGGGUGUUUGUUUUGUGUUAAACAUUAUAUCUGUGUAGUCUGCACUGUAGAAAUUCACAUAGACAUUUACACAGAGACAUAAUCGGCAACUUUUCAUUUCAACUGUCAUCAUAAACAUGAAACUCUUACUGUCUUCAGUUACCUCCUGUGCUGGGUGCUCGCUGAUCUGGUGUUGGGUUUUCAUGUAUUGUUCUGUUUUUGUUUGUUUUUUUGUUGGGAACCAAAGUUAGAUAAUAAAUACCAUUCCAUAAAAAUGAGGUGUGUUUAAAUAGGACUGUCUGCUGCUUAAAUAUGUCUCUGCAACCAAGUUAUAGAGG